AUGCGUUUCCUCUACUGGAUUAUUACUGCCAUAUCGUUGGUCUAUGCGGCCCCUGCCAUCCUCCCAAGUGGAAAAAUAGCUGGAGAGUUGAAUAUCGAACCCCGAGCACAAAACAAAGUAUUUGAUGGCUCCAGCAGCUCUGAUAACAGCCUUUGCUCUGGGGAAGAACAAGCCCAAGGGUGCGUGAGUGACCAGACGUUGAAACAAGCGACGGCCGUGGGAGACUCUGUCGAAGAUGCUGUUGGAGAGCAGUUUGGCAACCUCGAUGAUAACCCAAGCCGACGCUCUCUUCAUGCUCGCCAACCACAGGGAGGGGUGCUCAACAAAGGCUUGCUCAGUGGAGCACUCCUCAGCGGCCUCCCACUUGUCGGAGGCGGAGGACAGUGA